AAAGCCAUACGUUUUUUGUCCUUUCCCAUCAUCCCCUUUUCCUACAUUGCUUCAUAACCAACAUGGCCGACACCACUAACCCCGCUGCUCCCACCGAGGAGAUCAAGCUCUACAAGGACGAGGCCACCGGUGAGAUGGUCUCGAAGACCGAGCUGAAGAAGCGAAUCAAGAACAGGGAAAAGGAAGCCAAGAAGGCUGAGAAGGCUGCUAAUGCUCCUACUCCUGCCAUCUCUGAGAAGGCAGAGGCCAAGAAGGCUCUUUCUGCAGCCGAGGAGGAGGAGAAUCUCAAUCCCAACCAAUACUUUGAGAUUCGCUCUAAGAGGGUCGGCGUUCUUCGUGCCAACAAGGAGACCUAUCCCUAUCCCCAUAAGUUCCAUGUUUCGAUCUCAUUGCCGGCAUUUAUUGAGAAGUACAGCGGACUGAAAGCUGGAGACAUGGAGGAGGAGGUCGUCACCGUUGCUGGGCGUCUCCACAACAUGCGUACCAUGGGUAAACUCCGCUUUUACGAUCUUCACUCGGAUGGGCUCAAGAUCCAGAUCACGGCUCAGGCUCAGGACUCCGAGCGCGACUUCAGCGAGGUGCACGAUAACCUCCGCCGCGGUGAUAUUGUCGGGGUCCGCGGUGUUGCUGGUCGCACCAAGCCCAAGAAGGGCGGGGAUGGAGAGCUCUCCAUCUUCCCCCGCGACAUCAUUUUGCUCUCACCCUGCCUUCGCAUGCUGCCCACGACCCACUUUGGUUUCAAGGAUCAGGAGUCGCGUUACAGACAGCGCUAUCUCGACUUGAUCAUGAACAACCACGUCCGUGAUAUCUUCAAGACCAGGGCCAAGAUCAUUAACUAUCUCCGCAAGUUUCUGGAUGAUCAGGACUUUUUGGAGGUCGAGACGCCCAUGAUGAACAUGAUCGCUGGAGGCGCCACUGCCAAGCCCUUUGUCACUCACCACAACGACCUUAACAUGGAAUUGCAUAUGCGUAUCGCUCCCGAACUCUACUUAAAGAUGUUGGUUGUCGGAGGUCUGGAUCGUGUCUAUGAGAUUGGUCGCCAAUUCAGAAAUGAGUCCAUGGAUUUGACCCACAACCCCGAGUUCACCACUGCAGAGUUCUACAUGGCCUACGCCGACAUGUUUGAUGUCAUGGAGAUGACGGAGGCCCUUCUCGUUGGCAUGGUUAAGGCCAUUACUGGAAAGACAAAGAUUACCUAUCACCCACAGGGCAAGGAUGGCCCCACCAUGGAGAUUGACUUUACUCCUCCCUUCAGGCGCAUCAACAUGAUCGAGUAUCUCGAGGAGAAGCUCAAAGUCACCUUCCCUCCUGCUGAUACCCUCCACACGCCUGAGGCCACCAAAUUUUUGAGCGACCUCUGCAUCAAGCAUAACGUUGAGUGCGGCGCUCCCCGCACAAGCGCUCGUCUUUUGGACAAGCUGGUCGGCGAUUUCAUCGAGGUUGAGUGCAUCAGCCCCACCUUCAUUAUGGGCCACCCUCAAAUGAUGUCUCCUCUGGCUAAGAGCCAUCGUACUGUCCCUGGUCUUUGCGAACGCUUUGAAUGCUUUGUUGCCACCAAGGAAAUUUGCAAUGCCUACACGGAGUUGAACGACCCCUUUGAUCAGCGCGAGCGUUUCGAGCAGCAGGCCAGCGACAAGGCUGCCGGUGAUGACGAGGCCCAGUUGAUUGAUGAAAAUUUCUGUCAGUCACUCGAGUUCGGUCUGCCCCCUACGGGAGGUUGGGGUAUGGGUAUUGAUCGCCUCACCAUGUUCUUGACGGACUCGCACCGUAUCCAGGAGGUAUUGGCCUUCCCUCACAUGCGUCCGGUCUAAGCACUUUUACCCUCUAGACUCUAUUCACCCUCAUUAACCCCUCGGCACUUUUUUUUCUUGGUUUCGAUUUUUUUUAAGCAUUUGACAAAUAAAGGUG